GUGAUGAACGUUGACUGAGUAUGUGACAAGCCACAGAAACACAAGAGACUCAUUUUAACCACCGUGUUUGAUUACACAAGUCGUUUUCAUCUCCACUCUAACUGGGACAUCCCAUCAUGCCGCUGGUUUUCUUGCCCACCUCCCAGUUGUUCUGGGUCCGAGUGGCAGCCCUGGUGUUCACCUGUGUGGCCUUCAGCGUAGCAGCCCAUGGAGCUAUGCUGAGCCAAGGAGGGAUGGCCGACUGGUGCAUCUUCUGCUGGGCGUUUAGUUUCACCGGCACCCUUCUGGUCCUGCUGGUGGAGCUUUGUGGUCUUCAGGCCAGAGUCCCAGUGUCCUGGUCCAACUUCCCCAUCACCAUGGCCUGCUACGCCGCCCUCCUCUGCCUCUCCGCCUCCAUCAUCUUCCCACUUUGGUUCCUCAAGCAGCAGACGACCUACGGUGAGACGCGAGACCACCGCAUCUCCUCCACUGUCUUCUCCUGCCUAGCGGUGGUGGCCUACAUCGGGGAAGUGAGCCUGUCCAAGGCCAGGCCUGGGGAGGUGGCGGGCUACAUGGCCACAGCCCCAGGCCUGUUGAAGGUGUGCCAGACCUCGGUGGCAUGUGUCAUCUUCAUCCUGGUGAGUGAGCCAGUGUCGUACGACGGUAACGCGGCACUGAAGUGGUGCAUGGCGGUCUACUGCAUCUGCUUCAUCCUGUCCAUGGCUGUGGUAGUGCUGUGCAUAGGUGAGUGCACGAGCUGUCUGCCGAUCCCCUUCUCCAAGUUCCUGUCGGCGUACGGCCUGCUGGCUGUGAUCAUGUAUUUAACCGCCACCAUCAUCUGGCCCGUGUUCCAGUUUGACAAGCGUCAUCACAGCGGCACAAGGCCGCCAAAAUUGAUUGCCGCCGCUGUGCUCACAGCGCUCAACUUCCUGCUUUACCUGGCUGAUCUGGCGUACUCUGCAAGACUGGUGUUUGUCAGCAUGUGAGAGCGGAGCAGGAACUAAACGAUAGAGUCUGUGAAUGUUCUCAUUCAUCCAGGUCAUGGUUAUCCAAAGGAGUUGAAUCGAGUGCAACUGGACUUGGUAUAUAUCCGUGAAGACGUUUCGCCUCUCAUCCAAGAGGCUUCCUCAGUUCGUGCCUUUCUGACUAGACCAAGCUAGUCUGACUGGCUGGUGAUGAGACUCAGAAUUUAUCCUAAGGAAGCCUCUUGGAUGAGAGGCGAAAUGUCUUCAUGGAUAUAUACCAAGUCCAGUUGCACUUGAAUCAACUCCUUUGGAUAAACGAAAGAGCUGAAGAAGAAUACCCAGAUGAAGAGAUGAUGGGCACUUUGGUGAUGUUGAGUCGCUAAGAUGCCGAAAACAAGUUUGUCACAAAUUUAAAAAUCGAGUCAGAAAGAUGACGUCAAGUAACUCAACUGGGUUCAUAACAAACACCCAAUUUACUGUAACAACAAGUUUUCAGCUUUCAUUUUUCACCACGAGUUUUAACUUUGCAAGUCAUCGCAGGUCUAUUAUUGAACACCAUGCAGAGAAAUCAGAAACACUCAGUGGUCUUGAUGCAUGCUCAAUAAUCUAGGUAAGAGAAGGUUGAAUCAGUUCGUCUGGACACAACGUUUACUGACAGAAACGUUUCCUCACUCAUCAGGUGAGACGGAGGAGGUCACUCAGAUGAGGAUGGAACGUUUCUGUCAAUAAACGUUGUGUCCAGAUGAACUGAUUCAUCCUUCUUUAACCAUCAGCGGUGAAAUCCAGUACAAAUGAGAAUAUAAUGUGACUGUAAUCCCUAACAUUUUAUAUAACUGGGUACCAGUUAAGAAAAAAACAGGACUCCAAUGUUGCUGGGACUCUGUAUAACAAACAUACACUGGACAUAAGACAUCAGCAAAAACCAAUGGAAAUCAAACAUUUCCUUAUCUAAAUUCACUAAAAUGCUGACGUACCAUGAAAGACAUCACUCGUCUGAGUCUAAAAUGAAUAAAGUGAUCUGUACUGAGAGCACAUGUGAGUUUUGGGGAAGCCGUGAGCAGCAGUACCGAUGCCGUGUUUCAUGUUGUGAAGGGUGGAGUCAUCUGCAUGCAUGACGAACAUAUGCAACACACAGUACAAUCGACGGUGUAACUCUUGUGUCAGUGCUUGUAGUGUGAGUGUGAUUAUGGGCGGUUAACACGUUGUAAUCACGUCGACAAAAAGCUGAAUAUACAGACGUCUUAACCAGACCUGCAGAGGGAAAGGUGAGUAUCUUGUAGGUUAGUCUGUGUCAUUUCGUGACGUUACCCCAACCCGUUCUCUCUGUCCAUCAAGUGUCUUUUAGAAGAAUGAUAGUUUGAUCUAGAGCUCAAACCUGAGAUCUAACUGUUCACCUUCUCUUUCAAUGCCUGAACGUAUAUUAAAGCGAAAUCUGAGCUUUUCUCGUCA